GGUAUGGUAGAGGCAGGCUUGGGUUAGGGCCCCAUGAUGGGGAUGGGAGGAGAUGUAGUGUGUAGCUAGGAGCAGGAAGACCCUGAAACCAAAAGCAAAAGUCAUUGAGGUGGUAGUGGCCAUUCCUCAGCCUCGUGACUGGAGACUCCAAACCAAAAGAGAUUGUAGAGGUCAUGGAGUGCAUGUCCUCUCAUUUUAAGGAUGCAGAAAAUGAGGUCUGAGAGGUGAAGUGAUUCGCUUGGCCCAGAUCCACUUUCUCCUCGCUCCAGGUUGUGAGGUUCAUGGGAACGGGGAUCGUGGAACCUAGCUAACCUGGCUUCUUGGCAGCCCCAGCAGAGAACAGCGUGUGGAGCAGACACUCAUAUCGUGGGCUCCCUUCACCUGUCCAAGGCCAGGCCGUCUGGAGCAUGCUCUGUCUUGUCUGCGGCGAGAAGGCUUGAGGCUGUCAUGGCGCCUCUGGGGGAGGACACCCCCCUGAUUGAACAGCGGUCCUACAGCCUGUCCUCCAGUGAGGCCGGCUCCCUGCAAGUGCUCCUGUGUCCCCGAAACCCAGGGUCCCCACAAGUCCUCACCUUCUCCUUCGGGGAGUACUCUGCUGAACAGCUCUGCGUACAGGCUGCCAAGGCCUGUGGGAUCUUGCCUGUGUACCAUGCUCUCUUUGCCCUGGCCACUGAAGACCUGUCCUGCUGGUUCCCACCCAACCACGUCUUCACGGUGGAAGAUUCUACCAUCCAAAUUCUCCUUUACAGGAUCCGAUUUGUCUUUCCAAACUGGCUCGGCCUGGAGAAGUGUUACCGCUUUGGGCUGCAGAAGGACCGAGCCAACGCCAUCCUGGACUUCCCGGUUCUCGAGUACCUCUUUGCUCAGAACCGAAGCGACUUCAUCAGUGGGAGGAUGAAUCUGAUGCUGAGCCUUAAGGAACAGGGAGAGUGCCUGAGCCUGGCAGUGCUGGACCUGACUCGAAUGGCACAGGAGCAGGGCCUGUGCCCCAAGGAGAUCCUCAGGAGCAUCAGUUAUAAAGCCUGUAUCCCAGGAAGCUUCCGACGUUUGAUUCAAAGUCUUAGCUUCAUGACUCGAAGGCGUUAUCGUCGGAUGGUAAGCCGAGCCCUGAAGAGAGUGGCUUCCUGCCAGGCAGAUGUGCACUCAAUCAUGCUUAAAUACCUCAUGGACCUGGAGAGGCUGAAAUCCAUCCGGGCUUCAGAGACCUUCAAGGGCCGGACGCCAGGGGCUGCAUCUGGCCAGGACCCCAACUGCCUCAUCCACGUGGCCGGAGACAGCGGCAUCUCCUGGACCCCUGGGGGCAGUGAGAGCCCGCAGCCUUUCUGCGAUUUCCCUGAAAUCGCUGAUAUCGGCAUGAAGCAGGCCUGCAGGGAAGGUCACCUCAGUGAGAACCGACUGGUCACUGUUACCAAGACUGACAACAGGAUCCUGGAAGUUGAAUUUCCAACUCUAAGGGAGGCACUGUCCUUUAUCUCUCUGGUUGAUGGUUACUACCGACUCACCACUGAUGCCCACCACUACUUCUGCAAAGAGGUGGCCCCACCCCAGCUCUUGGAGAAUAUUGACAACCAAUGCCAUGGUCCCAUCACGUCCGAGUUUGCUGUGAACAAGCUGAAGUUGGGGGGGUCAGUUCCAGGAUCCUACGUCCUUCGGCAAAGCCCCCAGGACUUCGAUAGCUUCCUCCUCACUGUCUGCAUCCAGACGCCCCUGGGCCCAGACUACAAGGGCUGUUUAAUCCACCGGGACCUUUCAGGGAACCUAUUCUUGUGUGGGCUGAGCCAGGCCCACAGCAGCCUGCGACAGCUCCUGGAGUCCUCCAGGGGCUGCGGGCUCCUUGUCGAUGGGACUGCACUGAGCCUCAGCAGCUGCUGUCCCCCCAGGCCCAAAGAGAAGUCCAACCUGAUCAUAGUUAGAAGGGAUUGCACCCAGUUGCCCCCAUCCCCAGCCUUAACCCCAGCUCAGGCCUGGCCUCAGCCCCAGCGCCAGCUCAGCCAAAUGAUGUUCCACAAAAUUCCCGCCGACAGCUUGGAGUGGCAUGAGAACCUGGGUCAUGGCUCCUUCACCAAGAUCUACUGUGGUAGCCGCCUGGAUAAAGUGGAUGGGGAGACCCACAAGGUAGAGGUUCUGCUCAAAGUGAUGGACAGCACACACCAGAACUGCAUCGAGUCCUUCCUAGAGGCUGCCAGCAUCAUGAGUCAAGUGUCCCACCAGCACCUGGUGCUGCUGCAUGGUGUCUGCAUGGCGGGAGAUAGUAUCAUGGUGCAGGAGUUUGUGAGAUGGGGGGCACUCGAUACCCACUUACGGAAAUGCGGGCCCCUGGUACCUGCCAGUUGGAAGCUCCAAGUGGCCAAGCAACUUUCUUAUGCUCUCAACUAUCUGGAAGACAAAGGCAUCAUCCACGGCAAUAUCUCCUCCAAGAAGGUCCUCCUAGCGAGGGAGGGGGCUGGGGGGAGCCCCCCCUUCAUCAAGCUCAGCGACCCUGGGGUCAGUCCCACUGUGCUGACCAAAGAGAUGCUCACUGACCGGAUCCCCUGGCUGGCUCCCGAGUGUCUGUGGGAUGCCAAGCUGCUGAGCCUGGAGUCUGACAAGUGGAGCUUUGGGGCAACACUCUGGGAGAUAUUCAGUGGGGGCACCAUGCCCCUAAGUGCCCUGGAGCCCGCCAAGAAACUGCAGUUCUACAAGGAGAAGCAGCAGCUGCCGGCCCUGAAAUGGAUGGAGCUAGCCACCCUGAUCGGCCAGUGCAUGGAGUACACUCCUCAUCUGCGGCCCUCCUUCCGAGCCAUCAUCCGGGAUCUCAAUAGCCUCAUCACCUCAGAUUAUGAGCUCCUCUCAGAUCUCUCACCCAGCGCCGUGGCGGCUCGGGAUGGACUCUGGAGCAGCGCUCACCUGAUGGCUGGCCAGGACCCCACCCUCUUUGAGGAGAGACACCUUAAAUAUAUCUCCCUGCUGGGCAAGGGUAACUUUGGCAGCGUGGAAUUGUGCCGAUAUGACCCACUGGGAGAUAACACGGGAGCACUGGUGGCCGUCAAGCAGCUACAGAACAGUGGGCCCCAGCAGCUUCGGGACUUCCAGCGAGAGGUACAGAUUCUGAAAGCAUUACACAGUGACUUCAUAGUCAAAUACCGAGGCGUCUGCUACGGCCCAGGCCGACAGAGUCUGCGCCUCGUUAUGGAAUACCUCCCCAAUGGCUGCCUCCGGGACUACCUGCAGCGUCACCGGGCCCACCUAGACCCCUGUUUCCUCCUCCUCUAUGCUUCCCAGAUCUGCAAGGGGAUGGAAUACCUGGGCUCUCAGCGAUAUGUUCACAGAGACUUAGCCAACAGGAACAUCUUGGUGGAGAGUGAGAGUCACGUGAAGAUUGGCGACUUUGGCCUGGCCAAACUUCUUCCCCAGGACAAAGAAUACUAUGUGGUCAGGGAGCCUGGCCAGAGCCCCAUCUUCUGGUAUGCCCCAGAGUCCUUGUCAGACAACAUCUUCUCCAGGGAGUCUGAUGUCUGGAGUUUUGGCGUGGUCCUCUAUGAGCUUUAUACAUAUAAUGACAAAGCCCACAGCCCUUCAGAGGAGUUUUUCCGAAUGAUGGCAUGUGACCGCUCCAUGCCCAUCCUCUGCCACCUCCUGGAGCUGCUCACAGAGGGCAGGAGGCUGCCCGCUCCUCCUGGCUGCCCAGGAGAGGUUCGAGAGAUCAUGAGGAACUGUUGGGCGUACAACCCCAAGGACCGGCCCUCCUUCUGUGCCUUGGGGCCCCGACUUGAUGCUUUGUGGGCUGGGCGCACAGGGUAGCAGCAGCUGGUGCAGGGGGCAUUGGAGAAAAGUCCUCCAUUUAGGAAUUGUAGGGCCUGGGUUCAAAACCUGACUUUGCUACAGAUUCACAAUGGGACCUUGGGCAAGUCUUUUUCCCUUCUCUUAAGCUCAGUUUCUCCAUUGGUUUAGUUAACUCAAAGUUCUUUUCUAGCUCUCAAGUCCAAUAAUCUUAAGAAGAGAAAGGCCUUCCCUCUCUCCCUUUCAUCUUGCUGAAGGGUAAGGCCGGUUUUCCCUACCUCCCAAAUGGAGAAAAGAAACACAGGAACCCAAGAUGGGCAACAGCAGCUCAGAACAGGCCAGAAGUGGGGAGCUCACGUGGUUCCUUCUUGGGGAAACUCUUUGCUCUCUACUGGACCUGGAAGGAGGGAAGGAGGGACCUUGUCUGUGUAGACAGGCCCUACUCUACCCUACCUCCCUUCCUCCAGGGCACUGCCACUCCUGAACCUACCUUUCUGAAGUGGCUUUGCCAAUAUUUAAGGAGACUAAAGCAACAUUUAACUAGAAUACAGAAUUACUGAGUCUGCUUUUGAAACACUCCAAUUCUGUCCACAUAGGUCUGGGUCAUCAGCCCCCCCUCACUUACUUGAGCUAACUUCUUAGUUAGUUGGCUAUCACAUGAGAAUUUCCCCCCAGCCACGCUUACCUUAAAUACAACACCUAAUAUCCUUCAGUCUCCCUCAAUUCCUUACAUGCCUUUUCCAGUCAUGAGGGCAGAUCUUGGUAGCUUGCUCAGUAUCCAAGCUGUUUCAGAAUAGGCUGCCUUGAGAGGGAAUGAGUUUCCCAUCCACUCAGGUCCCUUAAGUGGCUGAUAGACAGAUGACAAUGAUAUACCUGGCACAUUUUAGAGGUAAUUCUGUAAGAGUUGGAUUAAGUGAUCUCUAAAUUGCCUCUGAGAUCUUGUAAGACUGAUGAACAGUUCCCAUGGACAUUUAUAGAAGCCUCCUUUUUUAUGUAACAGGAAGGUUGGGAAGGGAGGUAGGCAGGGUGAGGGUCACCAGAGCCUUGGACUAGGAGUCAGGAAGCUUGGACUUCAGUCCUAGCUCCCCUGCUUACUUACUAGCCAAAUGACCUUCAGCAAGUUAGCUCCCUUCCCAAAGAUACUGAAAAGGGCUCUAUUUGCUAAUCGUGCGUUCCAUCUCCUGUCUCCAGGACCCUGCACAAGGCCAGAAUGCCUUCCUUUCUGCUAGGUCCCCUCAACAAGCCUCCAGACGAUACCACCUUGCCCUGCCUACCUCACAAAGAGGCUAUAAACCGUGAAGCGCUGCAGAAAUGGGAGCUGAUGGCUCUUGUUUUACUCCUAACCAGCUCUCUGGGGAGCAGGGGCCCCAGUGCCACAGUGAGAUCUAGAGAACAAGGGUCCCAUUCCAUGGUCUUAUGGAUGGAAGUCAGUGAGAUAAAAGGAUUCCCCUUCUAGGGGCCAGGAAUCUGGAGAGGAGGCAGGUGGUGGCCACGUGGAGCAUUGUCCCCAGUGGGACAUUCACCCCAGGUCCCUCCAGGGGGAGGAAGUGCACCCCACCCCACCUUGACUGCCCGAUGUCAGAAGAUACUAAACAAACAUCCCCAGAGCCCCGGACAGGUCUGACGAGAGGCUGCUCAAAGUGCAUUGUGAGCGGGAAAAGACGUUAAAAAAAAAAAAAGGCUCAAAAUAUUUCAAAAGGUUUUCUUUACCUUGGGAGGGAGCCACAGAUAAAAUUUCAACGACUAACAAUGCAUAACAAUGCAUUUCAAUGACUAACAAUAAGCAGAGCGCACAGGGUAUAACUCCGGAGUGACUGAUGGGGAAUCAGAGACAGCAGGGAGCAAGGGGGGGAACGCGGAAGGGAACAUGGCAGUCUGCGGUUUCUCGGGUCCCUUCCAUGUGUGGCAAAGUGCCUCCGGGGGUGGUGGGGAGGGAGGGUCAUGUUUCCAAAAGUUACUGUACCUGGAACUUCUUCGGAUUUUGUUUUUUUGUUUGUUUGUUUAACAUCUUGUCUGCAAAAUCACCGUCCUAUGAAACAAUGUCAAGGUAGUCGGGACGUGUGUUGUGCUUCAGCCCGACUUUGUGCAGGAUCCUGGAGCUCAGUGCUGCGGUUACGGGAGUGAAAAAUGACAGUCUCUGCCCUCAGGGAUCCCAGUGCCCAUCAAUCAGUCAAUCAGCAAGCAAACAUGGGUGAAACGGCUGCUGUUUGCCAGGCAUUACGCUACCUAGGCUCUGGGGAUUGUUGUGCCGCUGAAAGAAAAACUCAGUAACAGUCACUAGUCAACAGAUUUUUUUUUUUUUUAUUUGCAAUGCAAGGGAGAUGAACACAGAGCGAUAUCUGAGUACAAACUCAUCUUGAUUUUCCUACAGGGUUUCUUUUCAGUUAGUUGGUCAAUAGUUAAUGGCCCUUAUUCAAAAACCAAUAAACGUUUAUUAAGGGCCAGAUACUUCGCUAUGUAAUGGGGAUGCAAAAAGAAGUAAAAGACAGCCCCUGCCCUCAAGGAGCUCACAGUCUAAGGAGGGAGACAACCAGCAAACAACUAUGUACAAAUGAAUUCUGGACAGGCUAAUUUGGAAAUAACAGAUGAAAAGCUCUUGUAAUUAAAGGGGAUUGGGUAAGAUUUCAUACAGAACGUGGGAUUUUAGCUGGGACUUGAAGGAAGGCAGGAAGGCACAGAUGAGGAGGGAGGGCAUUCCACCAACGGGAGAGACCCAGAGAAAAGGCAGGGAGCUGGAAGAUGGAGUGUCUUGUUCAUGAAAUGGCAAGGGGGCCGGUGUCACUGGAUCCUGGAUACAUGAAGAAGAAUAAGGUGCAAAAAAAAAAAAAAAAAAAAGGUAGGAAAAGGCCAGAUUAUACAAAA